AUGGGAAGGCCACGUAUCAGGUUGUGCUUUGGUCACGCCACGCCUCGUGUUCGAGCCUGUUCUGCAUCUACUUUUCGGUCCAAGUCCCCCUCCUCUGCUUCUAUCAAAUAUGCAAACAGAACUGAGUAUUCAGACAACGCAGGCCACGGCUCUAACGGGGCUGAAUCAGGGAAUAAGAUAAUGGUGGUUGUGGAUUCUAGCUUUGAAGCUAAGGGGGCUCUUGAUUGGGCACUUUCUCACACUGUUCAAAGCCAGGACACUCUUGUUCUUGUUCAUGUUCAUGUCACCAGACCCAACAGGGAAGAUACGGAAUCUGGGGGGAAGUUUAAUGUGAAGGCUUAUCAACUUCUCCUUGAUUUGAAAAGUAUCUGCGAAACGAAGAGACCCGGGGUGGUGGUGAAUGUAGUGAUGGUGGAAGGAGAGGAAAAGGGUGUUGCCAUAGUGGAAGAGGCAAAGCAACAGAGGGUGUCAUUGUUGGUUGUGGGACAAAGAAAGCGAUCCUUCUUGUGGUGCAUCAUGCGAAGAUGGGUGCGAAAGGGAACACGACCUGGUUUCGUCGAGUAUUGUAUACACAACUCUCCCUGCAUGACUAUUGCGAUCAGGAGGAAGAAUAAGAAACAUGGAGGCUACUUGAUUACUACCAAACGCCAUAAAAAAUUUUGGCUUCUGGCUUAG